CCACCUCUCUCCCCCGUCUCAUCAACGGACAACCGGCAUACACGGUGAGGCGUCUCCUGAAGGUUCGACCUCGGGCAGGGGAUUCCAAUACCUGGUUGACUGGGAGGGUUAUGGCCCGGAGGAGAGGUGCUGAGUUCCCGCUAGGGACAUCCUGGACCUAGGCCUCAUCGCUGAGUUCCAACGCCGGCACCCAGGUCAACCAGGUCGGGAGAGAAGAAAGGGUCACAUGAUCUCCACUGGGGAUGCAGAGUUCCCGUGUGAGUACCACACCCUGGGCCACGGCGGCACGCGCUGUUUCCCUCACAACAACAACAACAACGGCGGGCUGGCGCCAACCUCUGGGAACCGCCAACGCCACAACACCCUCGCUGCCAAGAGCCUGGAGGCCCUUACGAACCUUCACAAGGCUGACAUAAAGCGCCAGCACGAAGCCUUUAUGGACCUCCAGAAAAAUCAGAAGUAUCCGGCCAGCCCCUGUAUGUCUCAGGGCCAGAGAUCACCUAACUUUGGCCGCCAACAGCAGCAACAGCCAAACUACUGGAGCUUCAAGGCCCGUACCCCUCGUGUGAUCCGACGCAACCCCGACCAGCCGGCUCUAGCCGACCAGGCCAGCAGGGUGUCCUUUGCCUCGGCUGAGAGUCUGGAAACCAUGUCUGAGGCCGACGUUCCCCUCGGGUUCAACCGCAUGAACCGCCUCCGCCAGAGCCUCCCCCUGGCACGCUCAUCCAGCCAGGCCAAGCUCCGUGCGCCAGGCAUUCUCUUCCUCCAGCUGGGCGAGGAGACGAGGCGGGUGCACCUGACCCACGAGCUGACCAGUCUGGAGACCCUGAGAGCCCUCAUUGUCCACAUGUUUCCCCAGAGGCUGACCAUGGCAAUGCUAAGGUGCCCCAGCACAGCCCUGCUGAUUAAGGAUGAGGCCCGUAACGUAUUCUAUGAGCUGGAGGACCCACGAGACGUACAGGACCGCUGUGUCAUCAAGAUCUACUGUAAGGAGCCUGUCUACGGCACCUACCCCGGACACCACAACCCACAUCUGGCCAACGGAGACCUCCGGAGGGAGAUGGUGUACACGCCCCAGCAGGAUUCUCCGUCCAACCGUCGCCUCAGCAAUGCCCCCGCCUCCUCCUCCGCCUCGACCCCCUCCAGCUCCCCGUCCCGCGUCCGUCUCCUCUACAGUGGCGGUGGCCGUCCAUCCUCCUAUGCUGGGCAACCUCACCUCCAGCAUCACCCCCACACCCACUCCCUCCCCCACCCCCACCACCUCUCGCCCGGGGGCCAGAUGGCGGCCCACCACCACCCGCAGCAGCAUCACCCCCAGCAGCUCCAACCCCAGCACCACCAUCUCCAGCACCAUGCCCAGGCUAGCUUCUCCCCCAGUGCCAUCCUGGAGCGGAGGGACGUGAAGCCCGAUGAGGAGGUCCACGGUAUUGGCUCCAGAAGCAUGGUGCUCCUGCGGGGCGAUGGAGGGGGGAUCUAUGCCGACCCCUAUUCCCUGGGCCAGGAAGGGGGUCGGCUUAGUCUGGCUGGCCCCCACUCUCCCCUACCCCCGAGGGGGGAUCCCUAUGGCUCUCUCUACCGGCGAGGAGGAGGUGGUGGUGGAGGGUUGGGACCCGGCUCUGUGCGCUCCCUCACUUCCUACUCGGCGGCGGCUCUGCAGGGAGAGCUGAUGGACAGCGGCAUCCUAUACAGGCCUGGAGGCCCGCUGUAUAAUGAUGCUGCCUACGCCGCGUCCAUGUUGGCCAUGGGUUUCCGGGUGCCACCCCCCUCGUCCCCGCAGAAGAUCCCUGACAUGAGGGACUCGUAUUCGGGCACCUUGCCCGGCCGGGGCUCCCCUGGGAGGCAGACCCUGCGAAGGGACUCGGUGUCCUCCUCCGUGUUUGGGGAAAGUGCCAAAGCUAGGGGUCAGGGGUCAGGGUUGGGGUCAGAUCAGCUGUGUCUGAUGGCUGGACCUGGAGGGGAGGGCGGUGGUUUCAGUUCAGCACCAGGUUUUAGUUCACCUCUACCAGGCAACGAGACCGAGACCAGGGGGCGCAUGGAGGUCAUGGAGAAACAGAUAGCCAGUCUGACUGGUCUACUGCAGACAGUUCUGACCAGGGGACCAGAGGCAGAUAGCCCGGAUAAGAUCGAGACGUCCAGUGACUGCUCGGGAACAGACACUCUGACGCCAUCGGCUCCGUUGGCCCUGAUGCCGCCCCCGCCCACAGGGUCCGCCCAGUCACUGACGGUGUCACGGCUGCAGAUGCAGAACCACCUGCAUGGCCUGCAGCAGAACACCAGCAAGCUGCGCAUACAGCUGUCCCAGCUGCGCGACAUCCAGUUGGAGAACCAGGACUCAGUGCAGUCCCUGCUGAGGCAGACAGAGUCGGAGCUGAGCCUGAUGAUGCUGGACGCCAUGCGGACCCAGGAGGACCCUCUGCAGAGGCAGCGUCUCUUAGUGGAGGAGGAGAGACUCAAGUACCUCAACCAGGAAGAGCUGCUCAUCCAGCAGCUGCAUGAUCUGGAGAAGUCAGUGGAGGAACUCCAGAGGAACUCGUCAGUCAACCAUGGCCUGGUGACAGAGAAGGACGUGGAGCAGAAGAGCAUGGAGCUCAGGUCUUUGGGAGAGACGCUCACAGAGCUCAAGAACCAGUUCCCCAGUCUGCAGAGUAAGAUGCGGGUGGUGUUGAGGGUGGAGGUGGAGGCUGUCAAGUUCCUGAAGGAGGAACCACACAGACUGGACACACUGCUGAAACGCUGUAACACUAUGACCGACACACUGACCACACUACGGAGUGUAUUGUAUACCACCUGUACGUACAGAAAAGUGACCGAGGGCCUGUGGAAGGGCCAGGACGACAUCUGCAGCCAGUCAGCCAAGCGAACUGAGGACACAGGAAAGAACUCGGACCUCGACAUCCUGACCAGUCCACCGCUCAGCCUCAAUGACCUGGGUGGCAGUGCCAGCCUUGCCAACUGGAUGCCCAUAUCAGGCAGUGACCCGGACACCUCGGGGCCUGAGCAGGAUCCCCACCCUACAGCCAGCUACAGAAGCCGGGUCCUGGAUGAGCUGCCGAGCCGCCGCGGUGCUGACAAAUCAGUGUCCGUGGAGGUCAGACUGGCUGCAGAGCGGGACUGGGAGGAGAAGCGGGCCAGUCUGACCCAGUUCAGUGCCCAGGACAUCAACCGUCUGCUGGAGGAGACGCAAGCUGAGCUGAUGAAGGCCAUCCCAGACCUGGACUUCGCUGCCAGGCAGAUCAACAAGCCCGUGGUGCCCCCCAAACCCCACCCCAAACCUCAGUUUACCACCCCUGUCACUACCUCCACCAGCGCCUUCACCACCUCUAGUACCCUCACUACUACCAGUACUGAGCACCAGCCCAACAAGGUCCAGAUCACUGCCCUGAAGCUGGAAGGGGGCUCACGUCGCGGAUCUGCGGAGAUGACCGUAACCAGGUAUCGCACUGAGAAACCCUCUAAGUCGCCGCCUCCGCCCCCUCCUCGCCGCAGCUUCCCAUCAGCCCAUGGGCUCACCACCAAUCGCACUGGAGAAGUGACCGUCACCACCAAGAAGAAGCUGGAGCCAGAAGACGGAGAGGCCCCGAAGACUCUAGUCAAGCUGAGAAGGACACCGUCUGACACGCCUCGCCCCGCCUCCACUCCCCCCGUCAUCGCCGCCUCAGCGAUUAAAGAUGAAGACUAUGACGAGCGGAUCAUUGCGGAACUAGAGAAUGCCAGCAACUCACCAGGGGCAUCCAAGGGACCUCAGUCGACUGUAGCGGCCAGACUGAAGCACCUCCAGCAGGGCAGCCUGGAGAGGCCCAAGACCAGGAAGCAGAGAGAGGACUUCCCCAAGAUCCAGGGCCAACAGCAGGUAUUCCACUUCUAGAUGGCCCCUCCUCAGAGGAGUUUUCCUCCUCAGAACAGUGUGGCCUCCUGUGACAUUGACAACUACCCCCUCUCACAGCUGUCUGGGGCAACUACUGGGCUAUUUCAAGACUAUACUGGGAUACAAUAUGUUAUCAGUGGACACUGUAAGGUGAUGAAAAAAGGGGUGGGCUCAUCUGAAAUGUUUUGACUUUGAGCUGUGCCAAGUGGUUGGAUUCUAAGUGGAUUGUGUACAGAGCGUGCUCUUUCCCUUUGGCUGACAUUGAUGUUUUUGAGGAGACUAAGGUGGUGGGGAUAUUGUACCCUAAAUGAGCUGAGUGACACCUAAAACUGUACUCCUUGAUAAUGCCACGGAAUAGUUUUACAUCUCAAUGUUGAACAGUGUUAAUUUUGUCAGCUAUUUUAGAUGUAGUUUUCAUCUUACUUAGUCUUUUGACUAAAAUACUUUUUAUUUUUAGUCCCAUUUUAGUUAUUUCAUCCUUCGUAGUUUUAGUUAUUAACAGUCAACAAAAACUCUGGACAUUUUUUGUCUAGUCACUGUCAUUUUAGUCACAUUUCAAUCUGUGAAUUUUUUUUCUCCGUUAAAUCAUUCAUAUUUACCUCCAACAUUCAUGUCCACAUUCAGAUAGCCUUGUCCAACUAGACUUACUGUCCCCUCAUACUGCUGGCAACAUUGCUAUUGUGGCAGAUUGUACCAUAUAGGCAACAAAGCCUUGGCUUCAGGUUAAACAAUUUAGACCUACAACUCUAAUGUUCUACCCGUCAUAAGGUUCUGAUGGGGAAACAACAGUGAUUCUCGUAAAACAGGAAUCUGAACUUUCCGACAAUGCCAGAAUUAUUACUGGGCCCCUAAUAUUCAGAAAAUCGCAUUAGUAGUUCCAGUUGGGAAAGAGCAACGGUAUUUGCCGAUCGCGAGAGAGGCAACAUAGAUGAAUAACAGAUCACAUGGUACUAGAGCUUCUGAUGUGAUCAAAGCAAACAUAUCCUAUAUGAAAGUAAGAGAGAGUAAACAUUCUGGGUGCAAUUGAAGUGUUCUGGCUAUGCAUCAGUUCAAAAGAUAGAUGCGUGACUGAAGUGACCGCCUGGUAGCUGUGUGUGUGGAAGAGCAGGGCAGAUCAACUCAACCAGCCAGCACAACUGAAAGAUCAAUGAGAGGAUUGCAUUAAAUUCUGCAAAGACAUGCAUGCUUAUUAUUGGACAAAGCAGAUUACAGGGAGAUCAAAAGAAGCCUUCGUGUCAAAUUGAAAGGCUAUUAGUCUGAUGUGGAAUUCUCAUCUCGUUACCUUAUCUUCAACCUAUAUGAAAAGUCAUUUGUGACAGUUAUCUGGGUUUUUCCAGGACAUCUCCUUUCGUCAUCGUCAUUGGUUUUUCGUCUGGAAAAAUAGGUAGUUGACUAACAUUUUUUGUCAUAGUUAUUUAUUGCUGAAGAAGUUAACCCUGACUUCGAACCACUGACCUUUCUCCGAGCACAUUAUGAUCCUACAGUACCACUGUUCUCUAGCGCUGCUUCCUUUCCUCAAAUCACUGAAUCAUUCUGUCUCCAGCUGAGUCAUUUAAAACCACAGUCCAAAAGUGAGAGGGUCAGGAGAAAAAGUAGUUAUUGUCAGAAUAUUUGUUUCUCAGUGGAGAUGAAUGUGGAAAAGGUAGGAUAAGAAAAGAAAGAAAGACAGAGAGAAAGAAAGACGAAUGGAAAGAGAAAGACAGACAGAGUGAAGAAGCAAAGUAGAACACACCUCCAAUGCUUCUCUGGAGCAAAUAAGACUGAAGCCCUCCUUUCUGAAGCCCCAGUCGUAUCUGGUUCAGCAGGCACUCCAACCCAGUAGGCUAAGCUGAGUGGCCCUGUCCCACCUCAGCCCACACUGUCCCUCUCAAAGGACCUUCAGGCAGCUCUCAAAGUCAGGUAGAGAUAACACAGCCAGCCACUUUGUCCCAGCUCGCACUCGUCCUGAGCUAGUCACCCCAAUCCUCUCAUUACCCUAACGGUGAUAAUCCACACUCCAUUAGCUAACUCCAAGAUAGAGGCCACUUCAUUAACUCUAAGAAACAGGGCCCUUCAUGUGGUGCUCUUUAGGCCUUAGGGGGUCUAUUCACAGGUUAUUGAAGUUCAAAAGGCUGACUUUCAGAGUGAAAAACACCCAGAUUUUGCCAUGGUUCAACUGGGCUGGAUUGAUGCACCUGUACAUGCAUCUUUGAUCAGAUCUUUAAGUUUUGUACCUUAUGUGGGGAGAAUGCAUCUCAUCCACCACCAAAGGUGUAAUAGCAUCCAUUUUGGUGAAGCACAAUGUUUUAGCCAGAGCACAAACCAUACCUCACUGUUUGGGGUGAAAGUGAAAGGAGUCAGACACCAUUUGGUUAUCAUACAAGUACAGAAGAUGACAUCGCAGAGAGGUCAGUGCUCUUCACAACAAGGCCCAUUAGCGAAUAGAGUAGUUAGCACACGGCUAACAGGGGUGACCACAUUUAAAAUAGCCAAAUGUGGGACAACAAGACUAUUUUGUGGGACAUUUGCGGGACAGUGUAGCCCCCCCCACAGAAAUCCCCUUCCCGCUCAUGCUGUAGUUCACAUUUUUUUAAACAAAUAUUGUCACAAGAAUAUUUGAUAUUUUUAAAACCCUCAAACACUAAGUUAGGCAUACCUAAUUUAGACAUGCCUAAUUUCAAAAUAGGCCAUGGCAUCAUCACUGUCAAUCAUGACUGAUAAUUCUUCACGUUUUACUAUUGAAAUGUCCAGACUGUGUCUUCAUGCCAAUCAUUUGAUCUCAAUCCGUUUAAUGGGAAUAUGCAUUUCGAUCUUCUUGAAUUACUGUUUCGUGAGCAAAUUAGAGCAGAAGGUGUUAACAAACUAUAUAGCAUUCCUGUAUUUUGUUUCAAUCAAAGCACAUUCUGCCUAGUGGCGAACGCUGUUGAGUUUUGACCGCGUGAUAACAUUUGUUUUGCUAUUCAGCUAGCCAUCCUAAAAUCUCAUAAGAAAUUAGGUGGUGUUUUUGGUGUAACAGUAAGGUUAUACUUAAGUCAUAAUGCCCGAGAAGCCGAUGUUUGGAGGAUAUAUUGGCACUUUGUGUUGUCGAGGGCCGGCAAACCGUGUCAAUAUCAAAUCCCAUUUUAUUGGUCACAUACACAUAUUUAGCAAAUGAUUAGAUAUAUCUAAUCAUAUCUAACAAUUCACAACAAUACACACAAAUCUAAAAGUAAAA